AUGUUUGGAAAGAAAUUGUCGCGGGGCAACCUGCAACGGGCAAGUUCCAUGAAGCGCCCGACCAUGGAAAAGACGAAUUCAAAACGAGGUCUUCUGAACAGAACAGCAUCGCUGUCUCGUAUGCCAUCGAAGCGAGGUCUAGCUUCAGCGAACAAGCAGAAACAGUCGGGUGGAGUCCAUGACUGUGUGGCGAUUAUAGAAAAGGAUGUAGAGCGCUUGACCCGAGGAGCGGACUACCUCAUGGGGGAAAACAACGAAGAGAAUGCUCGCCCUGUGGCGAUUCUAACCCGGAAUGAGUUGCUCUUGGGCGACGUCUUGGGUGAGGGGAGUUUUGCGCAAGUCUUUGAAGUGGCGGAAAUUGGUCUCGAUCCGGAAACUUCCGUCGAAAUGUCCGAUGAACAACAGAACGUACGCGAAGAGAUUGCCAAAGACGCAGAACACAAAAAGUACGCCCUCAAACAUCUUAGCAAGCGCCUCUUGCGUAAACCCAAGCUCUUCAACUCGGCGGCUGCUGACGCCAUUGUCGAAGGAAUGUACCUGGCCAAGUUGAACCAUCCCAAUAUCCUCAAGUUAAGAGGAGUGGCCAAGGAUGGACCGGGUGCCUUUGCCGAUGGACAGUAUGAUUCAUUCUUCUUCUUGACCGAUAGGCUCACCGACGUGCUCGACUCACGCAUUGGAAAAUGGAGAAAUCAGUAUGGAAAAGUGCCCCCGGAAAAACUUUUGCCUAGGAAGACUUCGUAUGCCUUGCAGAUCUGCAACGCACUCUUGUACCUCCACGAACGUCGAAUCAUCUUUCGAGAUCUUAAGCCCCAGAACAUUGGCUUCAAAGGGGAAAACACCAUCCAACUCUUCGACUUUGGGCUCUGUCGUGAGCUUCCGCCCGAAGAAGAUGCACGUGGCAGCGAUAAGGUCUACAUGAUGUCGGGUGCCGGUACUCGAAGGUACAUGGCUGUCGAGAUCUUCAUUGACCGAAAGUACAAUCUCAAAGCAGACGUGUACAGUAUGACCAUGAUCUACUACGAAAUGCUCGCACAAAUCAAACCCUUUGCCAAAUUCACCCGUGACGAGCAUCAGGAAUACGUUUGUGAGGGUGGUGAACGUCCUCCAGUGGACAAGUACCACUUGCCCGCGGCUAUUGAAACAUUCCUCGACAAGGGAUGGAACCAGACGGUCAGUGUGCGAUACACAAUGAGCGAGGCGCGUGAAUCGCUUCGAGGCAUCUUGAAGGAGAUGGGAGAAGAGAAGUUGGAAGAGUUGGAGGAUAUGGACGAGACGGAACGGGUGAAUCAAAACGAUGAAGAAGUGAGCGUCAACUCAUCACUGGACGACGAAUCAUUGGACGCCGGACUCGAAGCCAGUGGAGCCAGCAGCAAGAGUAUGUUGGGUAAAUCCGAUAUGACAAUGAUGACCAUGACAUCCAAUGUGUCGAACGCAUCAGUGGCGUUUGGAAGGACGAUUUCGCACGUUCGUCUAUGGUUUCAGAAGAAGGGUUCCGACUCUGAUUUGAAAGCUGACGAUGGCAAGAAAUAA